CAGUUAGUUGUUGAUGUUUUGAGGGUCUCAUGGAUGCCAAAAGAUUUAACUGCUCAAGAGAUUCAAUCAGCAGUCUCCCCGAUGAGAUUCUGAGCAAAAUUCUAUCCUUAAUUACCUCCACAAAGCAAGCUGCUUCAACAUCUAUUCUCUCCAAACGAUGGAGGUAUCUCUUCACAUUCACACUGGUGGAUAAUCUCGACUUGGAUGAUUCCGACUCGCAAAGUGUGCAUGAUGUGUUCCCCGAGAGUUUCAAGAACUUCGUGGAUCGAACACUUUUGCAAACCCUAAACCCGAUCAACAAACUCUCCCUUCAGUGCCACGUUGGCAAAGAAGACGAUCUCCAAAAGGCUUGUGUGAGCCGCUGGAUAACCAAUGCCGUUAACCUCAGUGCUUCGGAGCUUGACUUGAGGAUAAAAGAUAAAGGUAUUCACUACCUACCUCCAAGCCUCUUCGCUAGCGUUUCGCUUGUUAAACUGACGAUAGGAACAAAGCUCUAUCUUGGAACCAUCCCUCCCAAUGUCUCACUCCCAUCUCUCAAGACUCUCUUCAUCGACACCGUUUUCUUCGAAUACGGAGAUCUUUGUGAUGUGCUUCUUGCUGGUUGCCCCGUCCUCGAGGAGCUAACAGUCCAUCACCAUGACUUUUCGGCUACCCCUCACACCAUAGCAAGCCAGACCGUCAAGAGAUUGUCAGUUCACUACGAUUCACCCUUUGAUGUUGAGUGUUGUAGCUUUAUGUCCUUUGACCUCCCCAACCUCCUCUUUCUUGAAUACUCCCAUUGUGCCUUGAGUGAGUAUAUACAAGUUAAUCUUGAAUCCCUAGUCGAUGCUAAACUCGAUCUUUACCCGGAAAAAAAAGCCGGUGAGAGGCCAGAUGUUACGAAUCUCAUUAGGGGGAUGCGACAUGUGCACACCCUUCAUCUCUCCCCUGUUUCCGUUGAUGUGAUUUAUUGUUACUGUUGGGAUGGGUUACCAGUGUUCAACAAUCUUGUUAGUUUAUCUAUGGGGAUUACGAAUAAGCAAGGCUGCAAGUUGCUGGCAUAUCUACUUAACCAGUCUCCAAAGCUUGAGACUCUAAUCAUCCAGGAUCUGAAUUAUUACACUCGCUCUGUUCCCAUGCCACAGAACAAAGUUAAGAUGUUGCAUAUUCUUCAUUAUUAUGGAACUGCGCUAGAGUUGAAGACUUUUCUGCAGGAAUUCGAUUGUCUUGCAAUGGUUCAAGUGCAUGUCGCAGAAGCUGUUGAAGAUAAUGUGCAAACCAAAAAGGAUAUAAUGAUGCUUCUUGGAGCUUCACUUCCAUUCAAGUGUCAGUUCAAAGUCACAUAAAGCUUAAAAUGUUCUGUCCAACUUAAUAUUUGUGACAUCUGAGUUCCAUCUUAAAUCAGUCCUUUUUCUUUCCGCAUUGUGUAAAAGUGUCAUUCGAGGCUUAGCAUUUUGAUGAAUUAUUAAUGUUGGUGGAGCUUCUUAUUAAUGUACAAAGAGAU